UAUCUUAUACUCUUCACUCUUUACCUUCCUCUGUCAAGAUCGGCAAACCUGUUUACUCGGGACAAACGAAAAGGAAUAGUAGAGAGAGAAGAGGGAGGGGAGGUGGGGAAGCCAGCCAAAAACAAACGCAGCAGAGAGAGAUGAAAGGAUAUUCUAUAUGGUGGUUAAGCGUCGCAGAGUUGCAAAAGAAGAUAAAAAUUGAGUUCAGUUAGAAGUAGCGGUGUUUCUGAGGUUGAGAGGGGAACUCAAAAGGGUCCAAGUGUGUGCAAGUGAAAGAGGAAAAAAGAAAAGUCAUAUAUACUAGAGAGAGAGAGAGAGAGAGAGAGAUGGUGGGCUCAGGAGCAUCAGAUAGGAGCAAAGAAGCUGUUGGGAUGAUGGCCCUUCAUGAGGCCCUCAGAAGCGUCUGCCUCAACUCAGACUGGACUUACUCUGUCUUCUGGACCAUCCGUCCUCGCCCAAGAGUCAGAGGGGGUAAUGGGUGCAAGGUUGGAGACGACAACGGUAGUCUAAUGUUGAUGUGGGAAGAUGGGUUUUGUCGAGUAAGAGUUGGCGAUUGUUUAGAAGAGAUUGAUGGUGGCGAAGAUCCUGUCAGAAGAUCCUUCAGCAAGAUGUCCAUUCAGUUAUAUAAUUAUGGAGAAGGGUUGAUGGGGAAAGUUGCAUCUGAUAAGUGUCAUAAAUGGGUCUUCAAAGAACCGACUGAAUGCGAACCAAAUAUCUCCAACUACUGGCAGAGUUCUUUUGAUGCUCUUCCUCCAGAAUGGACUGAUCAAUUCGAGUCAGGAAUUCAGACAAUAGCUGUCAUUCAAGCUGGCCAUGGCCUUCUACAGUUGGGUUCUUGCAAGAUUAUACCUGAAGAUCUCCAUUUCGUGCUAAGAAUGAGGCAUACCUUUGAAUCUCUAGGCUAUCAGUCUGGGUUCUACCUCUCCCAGCUCUUUUCUUCAAACGGGAACCCUUCCUCUUCUUCCUCACUACCUUCAAAGCAAUCACCCCUUCCAAUCCGACCUCCUACUCCGCUCUUCAACUGGGGCCAAAGGCCACUUCCGUCCGCAACUUCUAUGCUUUCUUCACCCAAUUUUCCAAACUCGACCAGACUUGGAUUUCCACAAGCCAAAGAUGAGACCCACAUGUUUCUUCUACCUCAUUCAUCUGAAACCCGUAUGGAAGAUAUGGUGGGAGAGCACGAAAACGACAUCAAGUGGCCAAACGGGCUGUCUUUCUUCAAUGCUCUUACUGGACGUACUGAUGAUGCCAAGCUGUUGUUUAACCCGGACAGCUUAGGAAACAAACCCGACCACAAUCACCACCCUCUCAUCCUUGAAGGAAAGAAUUCAAACCCGAAUUCAGAUGCCUUAAAUAUGCAUAAUGGUAGUGGAGCAAACCCCAAUGAAUUCUUGAGCUUGGACAGCCAUCCGGAGAGUGCAAGAAAGAUGGAAAACAAAUUCAAGAGGAGCUUUACAUUGCCGGCUAGAAUGGCUUCAUCCUCUUCUUCAACUUCUAUUGAUCACCAGCAACACCAACCUGUGGAGUAUAGGAAUCCUGAAGGGGGCAUGUAUUCAGAUGUCAUGGAGACCUUCUUGGAGUGAAUUGAAAAGACUUGUAUUAGAGGGAAAAACGAUGACAUUUUAGCUUUUGUGUUCCUUUGCUGCUCAUGUUCUCGUGCCUGUUGUACGUUUUUAUUCUCUUUAUAUUCUGCGUUCCUUUUUUCCAUUACUAUGACUACUUGUGAUCAUUUGUUGCAGU